UGUCUUCUCUAAUCCCUCUAGUCUGUGAUCCUCUUCAAAUCCCUAGUUUGGGAUCGUCUGAAGGCUGGAUAUCUCCCAGAACCGUCAAUUCUUCUCCUUCUUCUCUUAGUCAGCGAUUCGCUAUCAGUGUAUUGGACCAGAUCGCCGUCGGCAAUUUGAUUGGCCUUUUCUCCCUUUCGCAACUGAUCAGCGAUCAGUCACUUCUCUAUCGGUUUCUUGAUCAAUUCUCCGUUUUGUUGAGGGUUGAUCGACGCUCAGUCGACGGUUUGCUUCGAGAGAUGCUUUGUGUCUCGUCAUGAAGCUCAUCAGAGUGCCUUCCAAAAUCCAAUCUUUCAUCAGCAGUGUUACUGCUGUUCCGCUUGAGAAAAUAGAAGGGCCCCUUAGAUGUUUUCGUUGGGAAUUCGCUAAGGGUGACUUCUAUCAUUGGGUGGAUCUCUUCAAUCAUUUUGAUACGUUUUUUGAGAAGCACAUAAAACCAAGAAAGGAUUUGCAUGUUGAUGAUAACUUUUUGGAGUCUGAUCCUCUUUUCCCAAAGGAAGCUGUUCUUCAAGUCCUCCGAGUAAUCAGAAUAGUUUUAGAGAAUUGCACAAACAAGCAUUUCUAUAGCUCUUAUGAGCAGCAUCUUUCCCUGCUGCUUGCAUCAACGGAUGCAGAUGUCGUUGAAGCUUGCCUGCAGACUCUGGCUGCCCUUUUAAAGAGGCAAAUUAGAAAAUGCUCCGUAAGAGAUGCUUCACUGAAUUCAAAGCUAUUUUCACUUGCCCAAGGUUGGGGGGCAAAAGAGGAGGGUCUAGGCUUAACUUCAUGUGUUACGGAAACCAGCUGUGAUCAGAUCUCUUACCAGUUAGGUUGCACCCUUCAUUUUGAGUUUUAUGUGUCAAAUGAUUCAUCAACUGAACUUCGUGGAGGUCUACAAAUUAUCCAUGUACCUGAUGUCAACUUGCAUUCAGGAUCUGAUCUGGAACUUUUGAACAAGUUAGUUUCUGACUACAGUGUUCCUUCCAGUUUAAGAUUCUCUCUGUUGACCAGAUUAAGGUUUGCUAGGGCGUUCUCGUCUUUGGCGUCACGGCAGCAGUAUAUGUGCAUACGCUUGUACGCUUUCAUUGUUCUUGUUCAGUCAAGAGGUGAUACCGACAACAAUGCUGUUUCGUUCUUUAAUUGCGAUCCAGAGUUUGUCAAUGAGUUAGUUACACUAUUAGGCUAUGAGGAUACUGUUCCAGAGAAAAUAAAGAUAUUAUGCUUGUGUGCCUUGGUUGCACUGUCGCAUGACCGGACUCAUAUGCCAACUGUUUUAACUGCAGUUGCCUCGGGCGGAAAUAGUGGCUUGCUAUCUAGCCUCUUGCAGAAAACUAUUGAUUCUGUUGCUCAUAAUACUUCUAAGUGGUCUCUGGCUUUUGCAGAGGCCUUUCUAUCCUUUGUAACAGUUUUGGUUUCGUCAUCGUCCGGGUGCUCAGCCAUGCGAGAGGCUGGACUUAUUCCUACCCUAGUGUCUCUAAUCAAAGAUACAGAUCCUCAGCAUCUGCUUUUGGUCUGUACAGCUGUUCACAUAUUAGAAGCCUUCAUGGACUACAACAAUCCAGCUGCUGCUUUGUUCAGGGAUUUGGGUGGCUUAGAUGAUACUAUCUCUCGAUUGAAACUGGAAGUAUCUCGUACAGAAGGUGAUUUAGAAGAAAAUGGUGGCGGCUUGGUGGGCAGUGAAAGCGGUUCACAAGUUUUUACUGGUUCUCUUGUUGGGCUAGAUACUGAACAGCUUCCCUACUCUGACGCGUUAAUUUCAUACCACAGGAGAUUGCUGUUGAAAGCCUUGUUACGUGCCAUAUCUCUUGGAGCUUAUGCACCUGGGAACACUACUCGCAUCUAUGGUUCCGAGGAGAAUUUUCUGCCUGAGUGCUUAUGUAAUAUAUUUCGGAGGGCGAAAGAUUUUGGUGGUGGUGUAUUCUCACUUGCGGCGACUGUCAUGAGUGAUCUUAUUCACAAAGAUCCUACAAGUUUUAACACUUUAGAUUCAGUUGGUUUAACUUCCGCCUUUCUUGAUGCUAUAUUGGAUGGGGUCAUCUGCUCUGCAGAAGCGAUAAUAUGCAUUCCUCAGAGUCUUGAUGCAUUGUGCCUCAACAAUAGCAGCCUUCAGGCUGUAAAGGACCGUAAUGCCUUGAGAUGUUUUGUCAAAGUGUUUACUUCUAGAUCGUAUCUGCAGGCUCUUGCAGGCAAUACACCUGGUUCUUUGUCAAGUGGGCUUGAUGAACUCUUACGGCACCAAUCUUCAUUGUGUACGCAUGGAGUUGAUAUGUUUGUUGAGAUCCUAAAUACCAUAUUGAAAAUUGGAUCUGGACUUGAGGCUACAACUUUAGUGUCAAUGGAUGCUCCUGCUGGUGCUGCUCCUUAUCCUGAUCCAAUGGAAACUGAUGUUGGUGAGAAGAGCUUGGUUGCACCAGACGAGGCAGAAUCAUCUUCUGAUGUCUCUUCAGAAAACGAUGAGCUGUUUCUCAUAGAUUGUGUAGGUAAUGUCGCACGUCUUUUUGAAACAGUUUUCCAGAGUGCUGAAGUAUGUCGUCUGUUUGUUGAGAGGAAAGGCAUUGAUGCUGUCUUGCAGCUUUUCACUUUGCCUCUAAUGCCUAUAUCAAACUCUCUUGGUCAGAAUUUUUCAGUUGCUUUUAAGAACUUCUGCCCUCAGCAUUCAGCUGCUCUGGCUCAAACCCUUUGCUCUUACCUAAGAGAACAUCUGAAGCAUACAAAUGGACUCUUGGUUUCUGUUGAAGGGACUCAGCUUUUAGCACUAGAAUCUGCGGAACAAACUAAAGUUUUGAGAUCUCUUUCUGGUCUUGAUGGCAUGUUAUCCCUAUCCAAUUUUCUAUUGAAGGGAACAGUGUCAGUAUUGUCUGAAUUGAGUGCAGCUUAUGCUGAUAUAUUGAAAGAUCUUGGUCACACAUACAGGGAAACAAUUUGGCAGAUGGCUUUGUAUAGUGAUUCCAAGGCAGACGAAAAGAAGGGUGUUGAUCGGGAAGCCGAUAAUAGUUCAGUUGCAGCUUCAUCUAGUGCUGUUGGAGGAGAGAUUGAUGAUGAUUCAAGCAAUGUUCCGGCAGUUAGAUACAUGAAUCCAGUAUCUGUUAGAUGCAGUAAUUCUCAGUCUAUUUCGGGCCCGGAUCGUGAACUUCUUUCUGUUAUUCGUUCAGGUGGGGGUAUUCAUGGUCGUACUCGACUUGCAAUUGCCCGCCAGACUCGUCGGCCCUUGGAAGCUUUUAGUUUUAUCUCCGAGAUUCCACCCGAUCUACCAAAAGCGUCAUCUUCCCAGCCACUAAAAAAGAAGAGCCCCGGUGUUCUCAUUAUUGAAAGUUUAAACAAGCUCCAUUCAACCCUACGUUUUUUCUUUACAUCCCUUGUGAAAGGUUUUACUGCUCCUAACCGUCGCAGGAUUGAUGGAGCAUCAUUGCGUUCAGCAUCUAAGAAUCUAGGUACUGCACUAGCUAAGAUAUUUCUCGAGGCUCUUAACUUCCAAGGCUAUUCUGCCAUUGCUGGGCAUGAUGUAUCUCUAUCAGUAAAAUGCCUGUACCUUGGGAAGGUUGUAGAUGACAUCACUGCUCUGACAUUUGAUACUCGGCGUAGGACCUGUUUUACAGCAAUGGUGAAUAGUUUUUAUGUUCAUGGAACAUUUAAGGAGCUUCUUACCACUUUUGAAGCUACAAGUCAGUUGCUAUGGACAUUGCCGUUCAAUAUUCCUGCCACUGGUGCUGAGAAUGUGAAGCCUGGAGAAGGGAACAGGUUAUCUCACAGCGCGUGGCUUGUAGAUACACUGCAAAGCUACUGUCAAACGCUUGAGUAUUUUGUGAAUUCUGCAUUUGUGUUAUCUCCAACCUCUACUUCUCAGAUGCAAUUUCUAGUCCAGCCAGCUUCAGUUGGUUUGUCGAUCGGCCUUUUUCCUGUCGCAAGGGAACCAGAAGCCUUUGUGCGAAGUCUGCAGUCUCAGGUUCUGGAUGUCAUUCUACCUAUUUGGAACCACCCUAUGUUUCCUGAUUGUAAUCCUAUUUUUGUGGCUUUGGUUACUUGCCUCCUUUCACAUAUAUACUCUGGUGUUGUGGACGCGAGGCAAACCCGUAGCGGUGUUUCCAGGAGUACAAACCAAAGAGUCUUACCCCCACAGCCUGAUGAGGCUACUGUUGCUACGAUAGUUGAAAUGGGAUUUUCAAGGGAAAGGGCUGAGGAAGCUCUGCGGCGGACUGGAACAAACAGUGUUGAAAUGGCUAUGGAGUGGUUUUAUAGUCAUCCUGAGGAUCCUGUGCAAGAAGAUGAGCUGGCUCAAGCACUUCUUCUUUCUCUUGGCAGCUCAUCUGAAACUACAAAGGUUGAUGGUGCAGAAAAUCCUGUCGAUGCUCCACAGGAAGAAGCAGAACCAAAAGAACCCCCUGUAGAUGAUAUUAUUGCAGCAUCCAUUAAGUUGUUACAGAGUGAUGAUUCUUUGGUGUUUCCGUUAACUGAUUUGUUUGUGACACUAUGCAGCCGAAACAAAGGGGAAGAUAGACCAAAAGUUGUAUCGCAUCUUAUCCAGCAAUUGAAGCUUAUACCUCUGGACUUCUCCAAGGAUACUGGUGCUUUGACUAUGGUAGCACAUAUACUAGCAUUGGUUCUUUCAGAAGAUGAUAACACACGAGAAAUUGCUGCAGAGUAUGGAAUUACAACAGUAGCAAUUGAUAUCUUGACGGAAUUCAAGUUUAAAAAUGAUUCAGCAAAUGAGAUUCUGGCUCCAAAAUGCGGCAGUGCUUUGCUUCUCAUCUUGAGCAUGAUGCUGCAGACUCGACCAAGAGUAGCUUCUGAAACUGUGGAAGGAAGUCCAAAUGUGCCCGUGAAUGGUUCUUCUGAGCAGCAUGAUUCUUCGUUGGAUUAUGCGGAAGCUAUUAAGAAAGGGUUGGCUUCAGAUGUUGAUAGGAGGAGAUCAAACCCUGCUUGUGAAAUGAUCUUUGGAAAAUCUACAGGUUACCUGACCAUCGAAGAGGGUAAAAAAGCUCUACUAAUAUCCUGUGACCUUAUAAAGCAGUGUGUUCCGGCCAUGGUCAUGCAGGCUGCUCUUCAGUUAUGUGCUCGCUUAACAAAAACACAUUCAUUGGCUAUUCAGUUUCUUGAAAAUGGAGGAUUGCCUUCUCUUUUUAGUCUUCCGAAAGAGUGUUUUUUCCGUGGGUAUGAUACUCUUACAGCUGUUAUUUUACGGCAUCUUGUUGAAGAUCCUCAGACCCUUCAAAUUGCUAUGGAAACAGAAAUACGACAGACCUUGAGUGGCAAGAGACAUGUUGGGCGGAUAUUAUCUCGUACAUUCUUGACAACAAUGGCACCUGUAGUGGCAAGAGAUCCUGUGGUUUUCAUGAAAGCUGUGGCUUCAACUUGUCAGCUGGAGUCAUCAGGAGGGAGGGAAUUUGUGGUGUUGUCAAAGGAAAAAGAAAAACCAGAAGUUUCUGUCAGUGAUCACGGUUUUUCGUCAACUGGACCUCUCAGAAUUUCUGAAAAUAAGCCUCAUGAUGAGUCAGGAAAAUGUGCAAAAAGCCGUACAAGGGUCCCUGCUAAUUUCACCCAAGUAAUCGAUCAACUUAUUGACAUUGUAUUGAGAUUCCCCUGGGUGAAGGGGCAGGAAGAUGAUGAAACCAAUUUGAAUAUGAUGGUGGUGGACGAGCCUACCUCUAAAUUGAAGGGUAAAUCAAAAGUCAGUGAUGGUAGAAAACCCGAGUCUGAGUUCGAGAAAUCUGAAGGGUUGGCAAGGGCAACUUUUAUCCUUAAGCUGUUGAGUGAUAUGGUUCUCAUGUAUGUACAUGCAACCAGUGUCAUACUGAAACGAGAUGCAGAUUUAUCACAGCUCCGAGGAUCCAGUAAACCUGAUGAUUCUCCUGGACAUGGAGGGAUACUUUAUCAUAUUAUUCAUCACCUACUUCCUAUAUCUAUAGAUAAACAUGCUGGACCUGGUGAGUGGAGGGAGAAAUUGUCUGAAAAGGCUUCCUGGUUUGUGGUUGUUCUGUGCAGCCGUUCCAGUGAAGGGCGCAAAAGAGUAAUCAAUGAGCUCGUAAAGAUUUUAUCUUCAUUUUCAGUGUCAGGAAGAAACUCUAGCAAGAAUUUUCUAUCACCUGAUAAAAAGGUUCUUGCUUUUACUGAUUUAGUGUUCUUUAUCUUGUCGAAGAAUUCAUCUUCCAGCAACUUACCUGGGUCUGGUUGCUCACCUGAUGUGGCGAAGAGCAUGAUAGAUGGGGGAGUCAUCCAGUGUUUGACAGAUGUUCUUCAAUUGGUCGAUCUUGACCACCCCGAUGCUCCAAGUCUUGUGGCUUUUAUUCUGAAGUCUCUCGAGACAUUAACAAGAGUGGCAAAUGCUACUGAUCAGGUUCUCAGAUCGGAAAUCUUAAACAAGAAAAAAGGCACAGAUUCAAAUGGGAGACAUGAUAAUCAUGAAACUUCAAGUGAGGCUGAAGUUGAUGAGCAUAACCAACACAGUAGCAGCCAACGAGAAGUAACGGAUGCAACACCGAAUGGUCAGGAGCUGCUUCAAAGUGAAGGUGAUCAUGAUUCGAGGCAAACCCAUUCUACGCCUCAGGAGAUGAGGAUAGAGGUAGAUGAGACAAUGCCCUCAGAACCUAUUCAGAUGGAUUUCAUGCGUGAAGAAAUUGAAGGUGGGGUGUUACACAACACAGAUCAAAUCGAAAUGACUUUUCAUGUUGAGAAUAGCACUGAACAUGAUGUGGAUGAUGACUUGGGAGAUGAUGGCGAGGAUGAUGAAGAUGAUGGGGGAGAUGAUGAGGACGAAGGUUUGGUACAAAAUGGAGCCAGAGUUAUGUCUCUUGCUGAAACUGAUAUGGAAGAUCUUGAGGAUACUGGUCUUGGAGAUGAAUAUAAUGAUGACAUUAUUGACGACAAUGACGAUGACGAUGAUGAUGUUGAUGAUUUCCAUGAAAAUCGUGUUACAGAGGUCCGGUGGAGAGAAGCCCUUGAUGGGCAAUCUGGCGGUAGGAGUGUUUUUAUUGAUGACGUUGCGGCUGAGCCUUUUGAAGGUGCGAAUGAAGAUAAUCUUUUCGGUCUUCGCAGACCCUUAGGCUUUGAGCGACGGUAUCAAACAAGUAGGCCUUUUGAUAUGUCUGGUUCAGAAGCGCAUAGUUUUCAGCAUCCACUCUUCUCCAGACCUUUGCAAACUGCCAACAUGGCCUCACUCUCAGCAACUGCUGGGAAUUUAUCCAGGGAUUCAGUAGCUGGGAGUAAUCUUUUUGGUGAUCGCUUAGAAGGUGGGGCACCUCCACCUUUGACUAAUUAUUCUGUGGGUAUGGAUUCAUUGGGAAGAUGGACAAGUGAUGGUCGGUGGACUGACGAUGGUCAUCCACAACCAAGUACCCAGGCUGCUUCAAUUGUUCAGGCAGUGGAAGACCAGUUCAUUUCUCACUUGUGUGCUUCUGCUCAAGCUAGCACAGUUAUUGGAAGGCGGCCCCAUAGUUCAGGUGUCCAAGAACAGCGGCAAUCAAAUGCUCAUCCAACUGAUGACAAUCAAAAUGUUUUUGGGGACAGCAGCCACCAACAAAGCCAAGGACAGGGACGAUCAAAUAACAAUGACAGUGUUAAUAAUGCACCUGAUGCAACAGUUCAGGGUGCAUCUCAAGAUCAAGCUGACCGAGCUUCUCCUAUUGCUCAAGAUGCAGGUGAUUGUCCAGGGCAGCAUCAACCUAUUUCUAUCCAGCCAGUUCCUCCGAUGGUCAUCCACAACCAAGGUAAUGGAGCUGCUGAUGGACAAGAGGACGUCAUCCCAGUGCCUCUCAUCUCCGCUGCCCAAGGCCAACCUGGUGGUGCUGCCAAUAUACAAAAUGUAUCUGUUACUGGGAUGUCUCUUCCAGAUAAUGGUCUUGCUUCUACAGUUCAAGCAAGUUCAGAUGUAGAUAUGAGUCGUGAUGGUGCAGAGGAAAAUCAAAAUGUGCAGCCUUUGCAUUUGGCUUGUAAUACGAACGAGCUCUUAUCCAUGGAAGCCGCACAAGUUGCGAUGGAAGGCGAACAAGUUGCUCAAGAUACUUCCAACGAUGGGCCUUCUGGAGCCAUUACUAUUGAUCCUACUUUCCUGGAGGCCUUACCUGAAGAUUUGCGGGCAGAAGUCCUUGCUUCACAGCAAGCUCAAUCAGUUCAGCCUCCUGCUUAUGCACCGCUUCCAGUAGAUGACAUAGAUCCUGAAUUUUUGGCUGCCCUUCCCCCAGAUAUCCAAGUAGAAGUUCUAGCUCAACAUAGGACACAGCAAAUAGUACAACAGUCGCAAGGACAGCCAGUUAACAUGGAUAAUGCCUCAAUUAUAGCUACUUUACCUUCUGAUUUACGUGAAGAGGUUCUCUUAACUUCUUCUGAAGCAGUUUUAGCAGCUUUACCUUCUACUUUGCUUGCUGAGGCACAGAUGCUCCGAGGCCGAGCAAUGACUCACUAUCAACCUCGUAGUCGUUUUGGCAGUAGCAGGCUGAUUAAUCGAAGGAAUGGUUUGGGCUACAAUAGGUUGACAGGAAUGGACAGAGAUGUAGGAGUCACGAUUGGUCAGAGGAUGGUUUCGUCUACUGCAGGUGGCUUGAAAGUAAAGGAGAUGGAAGGGGAGCCUCUUCUGAAUGCCGAUGCAUUGAAAUCACUUGUCAAGCUCUUACGACUAGCCCAGCCUUUGGGAAAAGGUCCUCUGCAGAGACUUCUGUUAAAUCUAUGUGCACACAGUGUUACAAGAGCAAAAUUGGUUCAACUUUUACUGGAUAUGAUAAGGCCAGCAACUGAAACAUCGGUAAACAGGUUGGAAAUAACUAAUCCGCAGAGGCUGUAUGGUUCUCAAUCAAAUGUUGUUUAUGGUCGAUCGCAGUUCUUGAAUGAUCUUCCUCCGUUAGUUUUACGCCGCGUGCUUGAGGUUUUGACUUACUUGGCAACGAAUCAUUCGGCCGUUGCUGACAUGUUGUUCUACUUUGAUUCAUCACUUGCAUCUCAAUCGUCAGUCUCAAAGCCCUCUGGGGGUGAAGACAAGGGCAAGGAGAAAGCUACAGAGAGAAUUAAUCCUGUGACAUCUGUGACACAAUCUUGGGAUCUUGAAAUACCUCUUGUUCUCUUCCUGAAGCUUCUUAAUCAGCCACUGUUCUUGCAGAGCACAACGCAUCUGGGACAGGUCAUGGGCCUGCUUCAAGUAAUUGUCUACACGGCAGCCUCAAAAUUUGAGGGUUGGUCACCAUCAUCAGGCUUACCUGAGAAUUCAGUAAACAAACCCGUGGGUGAGGAAGCUUCAAGAGAAACAAGAAAAGAUCCUGAAUCUUGCCAGGAAAACAAAGGAAAUGAAGCAGAGUUAUCUGUUUCAGGAAGGAAGAGCCUUGCUGAUACAUAUAAUGUUUUCCUGCAGUUGCCACAGUCUGAUCUCCGCAACCUCUGCAGUCUUCUUGGCCGUGAGGGGCUAUCAGAUAAGAUUUAUUCGCUAGCUGGAGAGGUGCUGAAGAAAAUGGCUGCAGUUACUGCGGCUCACCGCAAGUUCUUCACGAAAGAACUCUCAGAACUAGCAAGCGGUUUGAGUGCUUCUACUGUCAAUGAGUUGACAAUCCUCAAGAAUACCCAAAAGAUAGGUCUCAGCACGGGUUCCAUGGCUGGAGCAUCAAUUUUGCGUGUACUGCAGGUCCUUGGUGCGCUUACUUCCCCAACUGAUAAUAGUAACAUGGUAAGCAGGAGCGAAAGAGAACAGGAGCAACAAGGUAUUAUGCAGAGAUUAAAUGUGGCCUUAGAACCCUUGUGGCAAGAACUGAGCGAGUGCAUUAGUAUGGCUGAGAUGCAGCUAGAUCAUACUGUGCCUACAACCAUGUCCAGUGUAAACCCUGGAGAUCAUGUCCAAGGGAUCUCUCCUUCAUCCCCUCUUCCUCCAGGGACUCAGAGGCUCCUACCUCUUAUCGAGGCUUUCUUUUUGCUCCGUGAAAAAAUCCAAACAAAUCAGCAAGAUCUUGCAAAUGUGACAGCUGGAGAAGUUAAGGAUUCUGCUCAUGGACCAUCUCCUGUCAACUCUAAAUCUAUUUUAGAUUUUCAGAAAAAGCAUGAUGGGUCUGUUACAUUUGCAAAGUUUGCUGAGAGGCAUAGGCGUCUUCUAAAUGCAUUUUUUAGACAAAAUCCAAGUUUGUUGGAGAAGUCACUUUCUAUGAUGUUGAAGGCACCAAGGCUGAUUGACUUUGACAACAAGAAAGCAUAUUUCAGGUCAAGGAUAAGGCAACAGCAUGAACAACACAUUUCUGGGCCUUUGCGUAUCAGUGUCCCUCGUGCUUAUGUAUUGGAAGAUUCAUACAACCAGUUGCGUAUGCGUUCCCCACAGGAUCUGAAGGGACGGUUCAAUGUGCAAUUUCAAGGAGAGGAAGGCAUUGAUGCCGGUGGUCUGACUAGAGAAUGGUAUCAGUUGCUGUCAAGGGUUUUAUUUGACAAGGGAGCUCUGCUCUUCACAACUGUUGGUAACAAUGCAACCUUCCAACCGAAUCCCAAUUCCGUAUACCAAACUGAGCAUCUAUCAUACUUCAAGUUUGUGGGUCGUGUGGUGGCAAAGGCAUUGUUCGAUGGGCAGCUUUUGGAUGUUUACUUCACACGCUCCUUCUAUAAACACAUACUCGGUGUGAAGGUGACUUACCAUGAUAUAGAGGCGGUUGAUCCUGAUUACUACAAGAAUUUGAAGUGGUUGUUACAGAAUGACGUUAACGACAUACUGGGCCUCACAUUUAGUAUAGAUGCAGAUGAGGAAAAACACAUCCUUUAUGAGAAGACAGAGGUGACUGACUACGAGCUUAAACCUGGAGGACGGAACAUACGGGUGACUGAAGAAACAAAGCAUGAAUACGUUGACCUUGUAGCCAGCCACAUAUUGACUAACGCUAUUCGGCCUCAAAUCAAUUCCUUCCUUGAAGGCUUUAAUGAGUUGAUACCACGGAACCUCAUAUCAAUUUUCAAUGAUAAAGAGCUUGAGCUGCUAAUUAGUGGGCUACCUGAAAUUGAUUUGAAUGAUCUGAUAGCAAACACCGAGUACACUGGUUACACAGCGGCAUCUACCGUUGUUCAAUGGUUCUGGGAGGUAGUUAAAGCUUUUAGCAAGGAAGACACGGCUAGACUGCUGCAAUUUGUCACUGGAACAUCAAAGGUUCCGUUAGAGGGCUUCAAAGCACUGCAGGGUAUAUCAGGCCCUCAAAGAUUCCAAAUCCACAAAGCGUAUGGAGCUCCUGAGCGGCUACCAUCAGCUCACACAUGUUUUAACCAGCUGGACCUGGCGGAGUAUUCAUCGAAGGAACAACUUCAGGAGCGUCUGCUGCUUGCCAUUCACGAGGCCAGUGAAGGUUUUGGGUUUGCUUGAAAAGAGAUUCUUCUUGCGCUCCUCAAUGCGCGGCCACCUUCAGAACCAGAGAAAAACCGCCCAUCCUCCAUUCUUGGCUCCUCUUGUACAUGCUGCACGUUUUUUGGAUGCUAGGGAUGGUGCUGAACAAAAGACUGAGCCAUUUUGUUCUUUUGUGAAGCGUUGGGGUAAAAGAUAGAGACUGAAUCCCUUUGAGCAAAGAGAGUUUUAUGAUUCGAAAACUGAAGCUAUAUGUAAUCUGUUGAUAGUUGUAAAUCAGUAUAGGGCCCGAUUUCCUUAGCUUUUGUAAAGAAAUCCUUUUUUGUUUCUUCUUGGGUCUUCUAUUUUUGGUUUCCCCUUCAAAUUUCAGGGGGUAUUGUUGCCAAAGACUUUUGCAUCGUAUCAACCGUGGAAUUUAGGGUUCGAAUCAACCAGGUUUCCUACUGA